GCCAUUGUAGCGGAGGCUUUAGGCGCCGCGCACACACACAGACGCGGGAUACCGUGCGGUUACGCAAACUGAAAGUGGGGUGGCCGUGCGCGCAUGCGCGCGCACAGGUCGUGUUGCGUGUGCGUCCACGUUUGUUUGUGUGCGUGGCGCGCGUCUAUGUGUGCGGCGUACAGAUGAUACGGGUUUUGCAAUUGUACUCGAUCCGGAAUCGUGCCGUCUCGGUCCCCUGAUGCCGUUCGGCGGGCAGUAAACGUUGCUCGCGCGAGAUUCCACCGGACGUUCGACGGCGGCAGACGAGCCCGGGCGUGCGCCACCCGAACUCCGUCGAGACGGUGAGACGGCGAUUAUCGUGCCCAGUGUGCUCGCGCUCUCCCGGAAGGAGGCAAGUGCCCUCGCGGUCGUGAAUGCAGCUCCGUGCUAUCCCACGCAUAUGACGGACGUCGGCGGCCCUAACGCUUUCCUCGGGCGUCGGCAACAAGAACUGGCCAGAUGAAGAUAAUGACAGAUGAUGACACUACAGCGGACUCAAUGGACACCGAGGAAGAGAUGUUUGCUCCUCGCAGCCACAGCUUGGAAUCCAGCGUCAGGCGGCCCAAGAGCCUGCGCAAGCUGCGGUCGCACUCUCGCUCCAAUUCGCACUUGGCUAGAAGCAAUCUAAGCGUACGCCGCAGCACGCGCAAUAGAAUGCAGACUUAUGACAAUCUUAAUACAAGCUGGAUUCUAGGUACGCAAACGUUGAAAGGCUAUCCUAUGUUUCAACAACAUCCGUCCUCUUCGGACAAGGAGGUGGACGAUGUUCCUGGCAGAAAACGUGAUCUCCGAGACCGCAUGCCCUUGAGAUCUCGCGAAAAUCAUCCACCUAAUAAAACUCCGACGAGGCAUCUUAGAGACAGAACGGAGCACGAGCGACAGAACAGCAGGGAACUUCGAGCUAGGACCGAUCGCGAGCUGAAAGAGAGGACCGAACCGGAAAAGGAUGUCAACGAGCAGACGAGGCCGGCGAACGAGGAGAAGGACACCAGGACGAGAAAGUCUGACAGCCCGAGCAGGGGGGUCCCCUUUCGAGAGGGUCCCGUAACCAGAUUAUGCGGAAGUAUAAUAGGUGAGAAAACUGAGAAGCCUAAGGUGGAACAAGAGAAGGUGGACGACGAUAGCUCGCGCGCCAGCGAAAAGCCAGAUAAUAAUGAGAAUGUCAAUUCCGAGAACGAAAACGAAGACGUGAACGAAGAUGGAUUUGAGGAUAUGUAUUCGCGCGUUAAGAGGACUAGACGCACGGCUCAACGACAACUGCCAAGGGUGGAGGAUAGCGAUCUAAGCGAAUCUUCGGAUUCUCCCGGGCCUCCUAGGAAGUAUAGUUUACGUCAAAAAAAGCCUACUGUAGAUAGGUUUCAAGCUAACGUAGAGCCGGUCAGGCGUUCUAUUAGAGCCCUUAGAAGCGUUCUUAGUAAUUCAAUGAGAAGACGGAAGCAUAGGAGUAAGAGUACGAGUUCUGCCGACUCCAGUGACUCCGAGCCUCAACGCUAUGACAAGAAGAAAGGCAAAAAAGCGAGACAAUCGGCGAUACCACAAGGCGGUCCACCAGAUCGAAAAGCUGACAUAAAUCCUAUCACAUUAGACACUAACAUUAGAUUUAGCGACGUUGGAGGUCUAGAAACCCACAUUCACUGCCUUAAGGAGAUGGUUAUCUUUCCCAUGAUGUAUCCCGACGUUUUCGAGAGAUACGACGUUACUCCACCGAAGGGCGUCUUGUUCCACGGCCCGCCAGGGACCGGCAAGACACUAAUAGCUAGAGCACUGGCAAAUGAGUGCAGUCAAGGUAACAAGAAGAUGGCAUUCUUCAUGAGGAAAGGCGCGGAUUGUCUGUCGAAGUGGGUCGGGGAAUCGGAGCGGCAAUUGAGAUUGUUGUUCGAACAAGCUCAACAAAUGAAACCGUCCAUAAUAUUUUUUGACGAAAUAGAUGGUCUGGCACCUGUCAGAAGUACCAAGCAGGAUCAGAUACAUGCUAGUAUUGUGUCGACACUCUUAGCACUCAUGGAUGGGCUCAGUGACAGAGGACAGGUUAUAGUUAUCGGCGCGACAAAUAGAAUUGAUGCAAUUGAUCCAGCCCUGCGAAGACCCGGCCGUUUUGAUCGUGAACUCUUUUUUCCUUUACCGGCCAUGAAAGAGAGAUUGGAAAUUUUGAAAAUUCACGUUAGUAAGUGGAAAAAUCCACCGUCCGAUCAGUUACUGGAGAUACUGGCGGAGAAGGCGACUGGUUAUUGCGGCUCAGACUUGAGAGCCUUGUGCACUGAAGCAGUGCUGCAGGGACUAAGGAGAACUUACCCGCAGAUUUAUAUGACAAACGACAGAUUAUUGCUGGAUCCGGAUAGAGUCGAAGUGAAGAAACGUGACUUUAUGCAAGCGAGCUCUACGCUCGUCCCGUCAUCGCAUAGAGUAGCUCCAUGCGCAGGAAGAAAAUUGCAGCCUUUUAUGGAACCGCUAUUAGCACCUCCAUUGGAAGAAUUACUUAAUUUAAUAAGAGGAAUAUUUCCUCAAGGUGUAAUUCCAGCAAUGGCAAAAAUGAGGAAUGCCAAGGGCAUUCAUCGCCCAAGAUUAUUGAUCUCGGGUGGCAGUCUGUCUGAGGGUCAAGGACCUCAUUUAGCUCAAGCAUUGCUAUAUUGUAUGGAACAUCUGCCUGUUCAGAUUUUAGACGUUAGCACAUUGUUUGCAGAAAGUGCUCGAUCCCCUGAAGAAACUUGCGUGCAGGUAUUCAACGAAUCGGCUAGGAAUGUACCGUCCAUAAUUUACAUUCGAUCGAUCAAUCAAUGGUGGCCCCUCGUGCCGGAAACAGUAAAAGCAGUUUUCUUGUGCCGUAUCGCAGCACUGGAUCCUUCAUUGCCAAUAUUAAUUCUCGCAACGAGUGACGCAACGUAUCAAGAUCUCCCCGAUCAAUUAAAAAGCUUGUUCAGUGAAUUACGCGGAGAGGUGUACUCCAUGAAGACUCCUACCACCGAACAAAGAAUGAAAUUUUUCCGGCCCAUCUUUAUCAUUCAGAGUCUAAAACAGCCACAGAUCAAAAGCAACAAAGUAGAGGUUUUAGAAACACUGCCACUAGCGCCGAAUCCGUUGCCAAAGAAAUUGACGGAACAGGAGAAGAGGAUCAUGUACGAGAAGGACGAAGUAUCGUUGAGGGAGUUACGAAUUUUCCUGAGAGAAAUAUGCGCUAAACUAGCGAGAAAUCGACAAUUUUUCAUGUUUACGAAGCCGGUGGACACGGAAGAGGUACCGGAUUACAACCUGAUAAUAAAGCAGCCUAUGGAUCUGGAAACGAUGAUGACCAAGAUCGAUAUGAACUGCUACCUUUGCGCCCGCGAGUUUCUCGACGACAUUGAUCUCAUAUGCAAAAAUGCUCUAGAAUAUAACCCAGACAGCUUACGUGAUAGGCCCUCCCUCGGAAUAUUAAAGAGGGAUCCUGCGGAUAAAUUGAUAAGACAUCGAGCGUGUUCCUUACGUGAUAACGCUUACGCUUUAAUAAAAGCUGAGCUGGAUUCCGAUUUCGAAGACAAAUGUCGCGAAAUUUCGAAGAAUCGACGAAUUUUAGAGAACACUUGUGAUAACGGGGAAGAAAGCAAAAAUUCCAAGCUGGAAUCCACUUCCACGAAUGAGCGAGCGGAGAAGAAGGAGUCUGUAAAUUCUAGUCAUUCUCUCGUUGUGAACGGAAAGAAAUUCGGUAGUUCGAGGAAGCGUAAGAUACCCGCUUGGGCUCGCGGCUACGUCAAAAAAGUCCACAGGAAGCGAAAGAUCGCUUUCGAUGACAGCGUUACCGAAGCAGUCGCGAAUAAAACGUUAAACAAUGAAACUACCACUAGUAUCGACCUAGAAAAAUUCCAAGAAUUUGAAACCGAGGCAAAUAGCGUUUUAAAUGGGCAUAUGGGGUUGUACGACAAUACCGAUUCAGAAAACGAUUCGCAAAAUGAGAAUUCAAAGGGGAGCCAAAACUGCACGGAUCAACGAAUAGAUAAUCUUGAUCAAAUGGAAAUAUGCUUCAUAGAGGAAGAUAAGCCAGUAGCAAAUGGCGAUUCGAGUUCAUCCUCCCGACGCGAAAGCACUGACGAUUUGUCGUUCGCCAUCGAAAGCGAUACUAGCCGAGAUAAGAUUGAAGAAAACGAGAAAAUCGUAGUUGAUAAGAGCGAGCUCGAAAGUGCGUGGCAUUUUACCGUCGAAGUAACGAAGGACUUUCCUGUCGAGGUAUUGUGCGAUAUCUAUGUGCAACUAAGCAGAUGCGUUGGGAAAUAUGCUCAGAAAUACGAUAGAAAAUCACUGCCAAAGGACUUGCUCAAGGAAGUGGAAAAGUUUACAGAGUACAAGUCACAACGUCAGUAGAGUACAAUACACAGGUAUGACGGUGUAUGAGAGAAAAUGCAUGUUGCUAACAAGACAAACGUGCUACAUUAUGACGCCAUUGCGAUACCUUCAGUCACACGUCAGAAGGUCUUUUUUUGUAUAUUUAUACUGAACGCAAAACCGGAUAUUAUCAUUGUUGUAUCAAACGGAACUUUGGAAUGCUAUUUCUUAGUUGUUAUACUGCCAAUCUUUAGGUGAAUAACAGCAUGUAUCUGCAAAGCAAGCGCAUUUGUUGUGUAAGAUAACAGGCAAUUAAUUUUAGUCGAAUAUUGAGUUCCAGCAAUUGGAUUGGAUUUUUUGUAUAUACUCGAAAAAUGUUGUAAAUGUCCAAUCGAGUGAUUAUUUGAUAUUUGAAUACACAAAUACAUCGUGACUCUUAAUCAUAUAUGGGCUAACAUAAUAAAAAAGAACGAGUUAGACCGUCAUUUUUUAUUGCUGCCAUUUAUAUCUUUUUUUUUAAUAAAAUUUAUUUGAUCUAAAUUUAAUGAAAUGUGCAAAUUUCAUUAAUGAUUUGAAGAUAAUAGUAUUAUUUUUACCAUAACAUUCAAAAUCAUUUUUAAUUUUGAGAUUAAAUCACUUUUAUAUAUCAUAGCGAUAAAAGUGAUAAAAUGAAGUAAAACAAAUAAGUACUAAAUCGCUAACAUUCUUGCAUAAUAUUCCUUUAGGAUAAUCAAUCGUGGACUUUUAUUUGUGAACAGCUGUACGAAAGAUUUCAGGUUAGACACAUAGAAAAUCUAAUUAAAAACUUAUUGUCUGACAAUAUAUAAUACGUAUAACGCAAGAGAAUAUAAGUUUUUAAUUUAAUCUUCGGUAAUUUAAUGUAUACAUACAAACACGUGUACACAUUUUGCAUGAAAUAUUUCUCUUUCAAGUUUUUACAUUAUGUCGAUUAUACAUAAACUGUUAAUUGAAACGCUAGAAUUGGUACAUUGUGUACUUAACUUUCUUUUUGUUAGUUCAGGUAAUCUUUGUUACAUAAAGACGCUCAUCUUCAACUUUGAAUUUUAGUUAUUUUAAAUAUUUAUAAGCUCGACAUUUUAUUUCAUAGCUGUCAAAAAAUUAUUUCGUCUUGAAUUUGAAUACAAAUUUACACACACGCAGAGAAAGCCGAAGUACGAUAUUAUUUCCUCUAAGAUUGUGGUUUUCUCUUCGUGUAUCAAGAUAUACCUCGCGCUACAGAAUGUAUCAAUUCAAAUUAUUCCUAGUAUAAGAUCAUCAUACACUUGACGUAUAAAACCAAGUAGAUCAAAGCUUAUUGUCUGAAAAAACCUAUUUCAGGGGAUUUAGUUUUAAAACAUAAAGUCACGAAAAUUUUUAUGUUUAAAGAAAAAUGAUUGUAUAUUCACGUAACAUCGUUGUUUCAUCAAAAUUCUGCCACUCUUAUUUUAACCGAAUGAUUGUCCCAGCUGAAUGUGGUCUUUUUCUUGUGAUGAUAACUUUUGAUCUAUCUUAUAUUAAUGCAAUUCAGUUUAUACAAAAUAACUUAAGGUAUAUUCGAAAUGUGACUAGUAAUCUGCAAUUUAAAUAGACCAAAGUUGUAAAAAGU